AUGCUCAAGUCAAAACUAUUUCGUUCAUUAGUUACAGCGGGCUGCUUGCUCCUAGUGCUGCUGUACUGUGUCGCGAAAGCCAUAAACAGUGAUGCGAACACUUGGAUGUUCAAUUCGCUGAAAAUUCAAAGCACAGACGCUAAUACUCCAUACGCUACCCCUAUACGGUGGGACAACUACAGAGAAAGCAUCCGGGAGCUUGACUUUGAUAAUAGCACAGCAUUGUUCAAUUCGAUUCGUGCUGCACUGAGGCAGGCUGCGUCAGAUAUCCAUCCCGUUGGGGUCAGCUACUUUCCAGCAGUAAUACCUGAAGGAACAUUAAUGUAUCAUGCGGGCUCUGAGGUGCCAACUUCAUUUGAAUGGUUAGCGAUGGAUCACGAGUUCAGCUAUAGCUUCGGCUUGAGAACUCCGUCUUACGGUAGAAAAUCCCUAAGGAGACAUGGACCACCCCCACCAAAUCCUCUUAUGGACAUGGCAUUGGGGCCCAAUAGUAAUCUAACGAAUUUUCCCGGAGAGCCAGAUCGAAAACAAUCAAUGAUGCUGACAUUUCGGGCAACUAGGGAUUUGAAUAGACUACUAUACCUGGAUGGUGCUUCAGCGGCCAAAACGGACGGCACGGGCGAAAUGGAUACCCAGGAACUGCUAUCGGACGUCAUUAAGGUCAAGCUAAAUUUAACUGACGAUGGCGACGACACAAGAAUGAAGGAGAGGUUAUUUGCCUCAAGGAUUUGCAAGUGGGGAAAGCCUUUUGGUCUAUCGGGCAUAGUAAGAGUAGAGGUUGGAUUUGAAAUAAUAUUAUGCGAUUUUUCUUCAGAUGACGUUGAGCUAGUUUCUAAACUGGAUAUGGUUUUUCCUAGCGAUUACCUUGACCUACCACCUCCGACAGUACUUACCCAGGAGAAUGGAUGGCCAAUAGAUCAAAAUGACAACUUGAUAGAAGACGAUCUGACGGCUGAACAAAGAGAUAUACUCGCUCGCGAAGACUCGUGGGAGGACACACUCUCCAGAUUCGAUGCUACCAAAGGGUUUAACUGGCUACUUGCAGGUGCAAUCCAUGACAAAGGUGAUAAAAGAAUAAGUUUAGACUAUAGACACACAGUGACUGGAAUCAAUAGGACCUAUAUCCAUCCUGACGCAAAUAACAGAAGACUUCUGAAUAGCGGAAUGACGUGGGCAAAGCAACUGAAAAUCGUCGAAGAUUUGGAGCAAGCGCUGUGUACAGGAUUUGAUGCAUCCGCAAGUACUGAUUGGCAGCAAGUAUUCGAUGAAACUGUUGAUAAGUUUGCUCCGAUGUUGAAAGUCAUGAGCAACAUUUUAAAUCGCAACGCUUCCAUCGAAAGCAGAGCAAUCAACGCGACAUCUAUUACACUUAACUUCGUCUUGAGAUUUAUGAGUAUCGAUGAAGGUAAGGAGCAAUUUGGCGCAGGAAAGCAAUUCGCAGUUUAUCAGUACACAAGGCCUCUCAAACAAUUGCAAACUGACUCAGAUUAUUUGAUUUGGUCAGCCGCAGUCAAUAUCGUCACUAGAAUAGUUGAUGCUAUUUAUGAUGUCAACGACCUUCUGACACCAUUGGUGCGUUUUUCUCUGCAACACCAGCAAAAUUCAAAUGCAUCUCUACAUGCAACGGAAAGUGUUGAUGCUGCUCGAACUAUUUUAGACAAAUUAAUCAAACUUCUCGGAUGGAUCGAGUUUGAUUACAGUUGUAACACCGUAUGCGGCUGGAAUGAGGUAUGUUAUACGCCGUCUUGGGGUCCCUCUCCUAUGGGAAUGGAGGUUCCUAGCUCGAAUAGGCCAAAAAAAGGAACACAUUUUGAUGAAGCACGCCAACGACUGGUGAUUGACAAAGAUCUUCAGUGUGUAAGUGUAGAGGACAUCUUAUACAGAUCUCGAUAG